UACCGCAUCAACGAAUUGCUCAAUCACUUCCACAAUCAUCAUGGGCUCCAUCGUCCUUCCCCACCUCGAGACCGGCUGGCACGUCGACCAGGCCAUCCUCAGCGAAGACGAGCGUGUGGUGGUUAUCCGUUUCGGACGCGAUCACAGCCCCGACUGCAUGCGCCAAGAUGAAGUCCUCUAUCGCAUCGCCGACAAGGUCAAGAACUUUGCAGUAAUUUACCUCUGCGACAUUGACAAGGUUCCCGAUUUCAACCAGAUGUACGAGUUGUAUGACGAGUGCACGCUCAUGUUCUUCUUCCGAAAUAAACACAUGAUGAUCGAUCUCGGCACCGGUGACAACAACAAGAUCAAAUGGGUGCUCGAAGACAAACAAGAACUGAUCGACAUCAUCGAGACGGUCUACCGCGGCGCGAAGAAGGGACGCGGUCUGGUGGUUAGCCCGAAGGAUUACUCGACCAGACAUCGCUAUUAGAAGGACGAAUGACGACAUAAACGACACGAGAACGAUUUAUAUGAUAUGGCGAACGCAAACCCAAAAAAGUACGGAAGUUGCUCGACGAGAUAAGAGCGCGUUCGAUACAAUGCGGAAGAGGAGGGUCGCCGGAGGCUGCGGGGGAGCUUUGGGUUGGUUCUCGCGAGUCGGCCCUGCUCUGGUUUCCAUUUCCCACGGGCAUUUCGAGGCGACAUUUCGAGGCAUAAUCGGAUGGGGAUACGGCUGUUAACUCGGCGACGAAUAUGCGAUGGUU